ACCAUUAAACAUGUUCAAAGAGGAUGGUCCAUUCAGUUACUAACUUGAAGUGGCUACUGUAGCUCGCAUGGAACUACAUGUAUUACAGUUCAUACGUUUAUUCUAUGUUAAAUGUCAUAACGGUGGAUUUGAGAAAUCGGUCCCACCGGUUGAGAAAACAAACUCGUGUUUCUUUCAACUCAAUUCGGUGAGUUUUUGGAACACGAGAAAUGGAAGAGUUGAACGAGUCCAAGUCCUCACCCGCUUCUGCGUUCGAGAAGGACGCAUUUGAGCUGACAGUGGAAGAUGUUUAAGACAUUUCAUACGUCAUUGGCAGAGAUUUGUUGAAAAUAAUUAGUACAGGUGAGGAAGUCUCAGAUUUGCAAUUCAAAAUUGUGCGUGUUUUGGAGAUGUUUGAAACGUUAGUGAAUAAGCACAACCUAUCGCUGGAGGAGUUGAAAAUGGAACGAGACAACUCGAAAAGUGAACUGGAUAGAAUCGUGAGAGAAAGUUCUGUCAGUCAGGAAGCGCAAACACUAGGACCAAACAAACUGGUGGUAGACAUGAAAGAUCCCAACAGACCACGCUUCACAAUGCAGGAGCUGAAGGAGGUGCUUCAGGAGAGGAACCAGCUCAAGGCACAGCUAUUGGUGGCCCAGGAAGAGUUGCAGCUCUACAAGAGCGGGAUGCACUCACAGGGCAAGCAUGCCAUGGUAAAGGCUGACCUGGAAUUUCCAUCCCCUUCGGUUCCUAACACAACAGAUGAGACUAAAGAAGAGGAACCAAAAGAGGAAAAUACCAUCAGAAAGCUAGAGAAAGCAGAUGUAACUGUUGCUGACCACUUCGAGGCCAGCUUGGCAGUUAUGGUUUUCAUUCAGGCGGAAAUGAGGACAACCGGUGUGAGAAGGACCUGAAGCAGUAACACCAACGAUAAACCAAACAUUUUUAUGCACACGUUUUUCCUAUGCUUCCUUUGUACUAGGAUCAUUUAACUUUAACGGAAUGGCAUUUUAAACUCUAGAAUAAUUAAGCCUUUUAAAAGUAUCUCAGCAUUGUGUUUUUAUAGAUGUCAUUAAUAGUUAAGGGAAAAUUCCUAUUUCUGCACUUUAGGUAUAAUAACAUGGUAGAUGCACACAACUCAUGUUUCCUUGAACUUUGUACAAAAAUGAGCUGCAACAGAGGAUUCCUUUUUGGUUGAACAUUAAUCACUACUUGGUUCAAACUCUGGAUGGACAGAUGGAACCUUGCAAAGACCAACAUUCAAGCCGGGCGUUACAACAGGAGUCCCAGUAGAGACAGGACCUCCAAGACUACAUGAGCACUCUACUGCCAUUGGAAUGUUUUAGCAAAUAGGAUUUUCUUUUUAUGUACACUGAGUAUACAAAACAUUAACACCUGCUCUUACGAGACUGACUAGGUGAAAGCUAUGAUCCCUUAUAAGUGUCACUUGUUAAAUCCACUUAAAUCAGUGUAGAUUAAGGGGAGGAGACAGGUUAAAGGAUUUUUAAGCUCUGAGACAUGGAUUUUGCAUGUGUACCAUUCAGAGUGGGACUGGGCAAGACCAGUACCGUUGAACAGUGUAUGGUAUUAGGUGCCAAGCGCACCGGUUUGUGUCAAAUAAUUGCAACACUGCUAGUUUUUCCCCCCACACUCAAUAAUUUCUCAUAUCAAGAAUGGUCCACCACCUAAAGGACAUCCAGCCAACUUGACAACUGUGGAAAGCAUUGGAGUCAAUGUGCCAGCACCCCUGUGGCAGCACACUACACAGGAGCCUAUAUAAAAAGAGUUGACAUUGUUCACCCUGAAUUUUUUAAAUGCAAGUUCUAGACAUUUUCUUUGCUAUUUACUGAGUGAUUGAACUUAACUUUUAUACUAGCGCAAAGGGCUUUUGAACUACCAUUUGACCUCAAACAAUUGAGCAGCUGUAAAGAAAGCAAUUUUAAAUAUUACUGUUAUAAAAUCACACCAAAUAUA